GGAGGAGGAAGGAGCUGGGAUUCCCAUAGGGCGGAAGAGGAGCUCAAUCAGAGAGAAAAAAGGCUGUACAAUCACAUCUGAGCUACACUGUGGAUCCUCCCUACCUUACCCUGGAGUAGAAGCGACCACCAUGUACCCUGCUCAGGGCUCAGUGAGCUUCAAGGAGGUUGCCGUGAAUUUCACUGACGAGGAAUGGGCCCUGCUGGAUCCAGGACAGAGAGCUCUGUAUGAGGAGGUCGUGCUAGAGAUCCAUGAGAUGGUGGCCUCUCUGGGAGACGUUUGGGGGAUCCUGGCUGAGGGGGACCCAUCAGAAGUGCCACCUGAAACAGCUGAGGAGCAAAGGAAGCUGGGCGUUCAAGAUGGAAUCAACACACAAGAGAGGAGACAAAUGCAGAAGGCAGGGAGUGAAUCCGCCGCCUCUCAAGUCAACGGAAGUCAAAUCACCAGAGAGGAGAGGAAGUACGAAUGUAAAGUGUGUGGAAAGAUGUUUGCUUCUCGCUCAGGUGAAAAACCACAUGAAUGCUGGGAGUGUGGGAACAGCUUCAGUCGGAGUGGCCCCCUUGAUCUCCAUCAAAGAAUUAAUACAGGCGAGAAACCUUAUAACUGUUUGGAGUGUGGAAAGAGCUUCGGCGACCGUAGCAGUUUCUCUAGACAUAAAAGAACGCACACAGGGGGGGAAACUUACAAAUGUUUGGAGUGUGGAAAGAGCUUCAGGCAAGGUUACUCCCUUACUCAGCAUCAAAGAACUCAUACAGGGGAGAAACCCUAUAAAUGUUUGGAGUGUGGAAAGAACUUUGGUCGCCUAGGCUCCCUUACAUUGCAUCAAAGAAGCCAUACAGGAGUGGAAACUUACGUAUGCUUGGAGUGUGGAAAGAGCUUCUAUCAGAGUUGGCACCUCGCAAGACAUAAGAGAACCCACACAGGGGAGAAACCUUACGGAUGCUGGGAGUGUGGGAAGAGCUUCAGUGAUGGGGGCUCCCUUACUAGACAUAAAAGAACUCACACAGGGGAAAAGCCUCACGAAUGUUUGGAGUGUGGGAAGAAUUUCAGCCGCAGCUGCAACCUUACUUUGCACCAAAGAAGUCACACAGGGGAAAAGCCUUAUGAAUGUUUGGAGUGUGGGAAGAGCUUCGUUCGGAAUAGCCACCUCACUAGACAUAAAAUAACUCAUACAGGAGACAAAUGUUCGUAUGAAUGUUUGGAGUGUGGAAAGAGCUUUAGUCGCAGUAGCUAUCUUACUCACAUCUUAGGCUUGGAGUGUGAAAAGAUCAUGAUUAGUCCUAUCAAGAGCUCCCACAGAGACCAGAGCAAAUACUGUGCUCAGUGUUAGAAUUUGAAUACUGUAUCUUUGGUUAAUUUUAUAUUUGCUUAACUCCAGUUUUUUUUUUACAAUAGACAUUUGCUUGGUCUGAACCCCAUUUGCCUUCUAUUGUGGGGGAGAGCAAGGGUUUUUGCUCUGAACCUUCCUGUUCAGCCAGUGUCCGUAAGGGGCAGGAAUCUGAGUAGUGGGCAGGGUGGCAGGUAU